GUUGGUAGCACAUAGGCUAAUACGGCUACUGUACCUCGGGACGACGUUACAUUUAAUGGUUGCUGACAUUCGGCAAAACAAAGCACAUUAAUUCAUAUUCAUCUUCUAUGUGAUUUCAGUGAGUCAACGCAAACCAUUGCGGACUAUAUUGCUCAGUCGACUGUCUUCGCUGACGUUAGCUGCGCCACGGAUAUCGAUCGCUGUGUUGAUUUUAGCCAGUGGAAUUAGCCGUGUGCUAGUUUUCCAUCGCCUCCAAAGCUUCAAUGAAUGGGGGUGGAUGCAGGGAGUGGAGGUAUCCGUCAACAAUGAACGAUUUCCCCUGCUAGCUUCCAACGUGUUAUUGUCCGACUUGGCUGGAAUAUUUAACUAUCAGGUGCUCGAAGACGCGGCCACAAAGACUGGAGUUUGUCGGGGUGAAACCUGACAAUCGAGCGUGAUUACGUGAACCGUAGUAGUUAGCUACACGUAGCCGUGGAUAAGUUUGUAGGAAAUGCAUCACAGACUUAGCAAUGUUAGCUUGCGUAACAUAGUAUCGCAGCUAAAUUUCAAAUCAGUGUGUUUGUAGCCUUAGGUUUUACAUUUAAGUGAUCGUUGCUGACACAAGUCUUCACAGCAGACACAAUUUGUGUGAAGCUGUCACCUCGGAGAAGAAAUGACUGACCCUGCCCUCCGUCCCAGGUAGGCGAGUGGUGGUGGUCGAGACUCCCCGGCCUGGUUUGACCUGGCCUGUUCCGCUGUUUACGGACGAUGGGACAAGUUUAAAACCAGUAGUUGUUGAAUUUACGCAUUCACUUUCAACGGGGAUGUCCUGUCACUAAGGUGAUUUGCUGAUACGGAGGUUUGGAGGAUCAUGAUGGACCCGGAGGAAGUACCCCAAGAAGAAAAUCACUGGGAAUAACCAUGGGCUGUUGAGCUCAACAUUUUGCAUUCAGUCGUUUACUCUUCUUUAAGACAGUGUCAUUGGAAACACACCAACAUGUCUGCAUUUGCUGAGUUCGUCCCUCCUCCUGAAUGCCCAGUUUUUGAACCGAGUUGGGAGGAUUUCUCAGAUCCAUUAGGGUUUAUCAACAAGAUCCGACCCAUUGCAGAGAAAACGGGCAUCUGCAAGAUCCGACCACCCGAGGACUGGCAGCCUCCUUUUGCCUGCGAUGUAAGAAACUUUCGCUUCACUCCACGAGUACAAAGGCUGAACGAACUUGAGGCUCUUACUCGAGUGAAGCUCAAUUUCCUGGAUCAAAUAGCAAAGUUUUGGGAGCUGCAGGGAUCCAAGAUUCGAUUCCCUCACGUAGAAAGAAAGAUUUUGGAUCUAUAUCAGCUUAGUAAGAUUGUGUCAUCCGAGGGUGGCUUUGAGACAGUGUGUAAAGAGAAGAGGUGGUCCAAGGUGGCCAGCCGAUUGGGCUUCCCAUCUGGGAAAGGCACUGGCACUUUGCUGCGCUCCCACUAUGAGAGGAUUCUUUACCCCUAUGAGCUCUUUCAGUCUGGAGCCACACUAACUGGCACCCAGAGGCUGUACGAUGAGGGCGAUGAUGUGGAGGAGGUAGAUGAGGGAGUUGGUGAGGAGGCAGUAGAAGAAGAAGAGGAGGAGGAGGAGGAGGAGGAGGAUGAAAGGGAGAAAGAUGAGGGUGAUAAAACACAAACCAAAGAGCAGCUUCUGCCUGAGAGGCGUUCCAGGCGUCUUAAGUCUGAGAGAGAAAACAAGGAGCCAAAAGGCCUUAAAAUCUUUAGUACAAGUCCCAAGAUGGUUGACUUGGAGAUCGUUUCAGCUGGUAAGCAAGAUGACGGAUUCAAAAAGAAGCAGCGCCACCUCAAAGCCCAGGCUUUUGCCAUCAAAAUGAGACCUCGGCAGGAGACGCUGGAGGUCAACUUUAUUGACCUCUACCUUUGCCUCGUGUGCGGCCGUGGUGAUGAGGAGGACCGGCUCCUGCUGUGCGAUGGCUGCGAUGACAGCUAUCACACCUUUUGUCUGAUUCCACCUCUGCAGGAUGUACCCAAGGGUGACUGGCGCUGCCCAAAGUGUGUUGCUGAGGAGUGCAGUAAGCCGAGAGAAGCAUUUGGCUUUGAGCAGGCUGUGAGAGAGUACUCUCUCCAGAGCUUUGGGGAGAUGGCUGACCACUUCAAGUCUGACUAUUUCAACAUGCCCGUGCAUAUGGUCCCCACAGAGUUGGUGGAGAAGGAAUUCUGGCGCCUGGUCAGCAGCAUCGAGGAGGACGUGAUCGUAGAGUACGGGGCUGACAUCAGCUCUAAAGACGUGGGCAGCGCUUUUCCUGUCAGAGAUGGCAAGAGGAGGCUGCUGGGAGAUGAAGAGGAAUACGCCAACUCAGGCUGGAAUCUGAACAAUAUGCCGGUACUGGAGCAGUCGGUACUUGCACACAUCAAUGUAGACAUCUCGGGCAUGAAGGUACCCUGGCUCUAUGUGGGCAUGUGUUUCUCCUCUUUCUGUUGGCACAUUGAAGACCACUGGAGCUACUCCAUCAACUUCUUGCACUGGGGUGAGCCCAAGACAUGGUACGGGGUGCCGGCCUCUGCAGCAGAGCAGCUAGAGGCGGUCAUGAAAAAGUUGGCUCCAGAGCUUUUUGACUCGCAGCCUGACCUGCUCCACCAAUUGGUCACCAUUAUGAAUCCCAAUGUUCUCAUGGAGCAUGGCGUUCCUGUGUACAGGACCAAUCAGUGUGCUGGGGAGUUUGUAGUGACCUUCCCCCGAGCCUACCACAGUGGUUUCAACCAGGGCUACAACUUUGCAGAGGCUGUUAACUUCUGCACCGCUGACUGGUUACCUAUGGGUCGUCAGUGUGUGGCCCACUACAGGCGGCUCCACCGCUACUGUGUCUUCUCACACGAGGAGCUGCUGUGUAAGAUGGCUGCUGACCCGGAGAGCCUUGAUGUGGAGCUGGCUGCUGCUGUAUUCAAAGAAAUGGGAGAUAUGAUGGAAGAGGAGACAAAACUCAGACAGGCUGUCCAAGAAAUGGGGGUGCUCUCCUCGGAACAGGAGGUCUUUGAAUUGCUUCCAGACGACGAACGCCAGUGCCACAAGUGUAAGACAACCUGCUUCCUGUCCGCACUGACCUGCUCCUGCAGCCCCGAUCGUCUGGUUUGUCUUCACCAUGCAGCCGAUCUGUGCGACUGUCCACUCGGCAACAAGUGUCUCCGGUAUCGCUAUGAUCUGGAGGAGUUUCCCUCCAUGCUUUAUGGUGUCAAGAUGAGAGCACAAUCAUAUGACACGUGGGCAAAGAGAGUCACCGAGGCCUUGGCUGCAGACCAGAAGAACAAAAAAGAACUUAUAGAGCUAAAGGUUUUACUGGAGGACGCAGAAGACAGGAAGUAUCCAGAGAACGCGCUGUUCCGACGCCUUAAGGAGAUGGUCAAAGAGGCAGAGACGUGCUCCUCUGUAGCCCAACUGCUGCUCAGCCGAAAGCAGAGGCACAGCAGCCGCCUACGUUCUGAGAGCAGUCGUAACCGCACCAAACUGUCGGUGGACGAGCUCAAGGCCUUCGUGGAUCAACUCUACAGGCUGCCCUGCAUCAUCAGCCAGGCGCGACAAGUCAAAGAGUUACUGGAAAAUGUAGAGGACUUUCAUGAGCGAGCCCAGGCAGCACUGUCGGAUGAGAUGCCCGAUUCGUCCAAGCUACAGGCUUUGUUGGACCUCGGUAGUGGCUUGGACGUUGAGUUGCCUGAGCUUCCAAGACUCAAACAGGAACUCCAGCAGGCCCGCUGGCUUGACGAGGUGCGCGUCACCUUGGCUGAGCCGAACCGAGUCACCCUGGAGCUGAUGAAGAGACUAAUCGACUCUGGCGUAGGUCUGGCUCCCCAUCACGCUGUGGAGAAGGCCAUGGCUGAACUUCAAGAAAUCCUCACCGUCUCUGAGAGAUGGGAGGAUAAGGCUCGUGCCUGCCUACAGGCCAGGCCUCGACACAGCAUGGUGACCUUGGAGAGCAUUGUGCUGGAAGCGAGGAACAUCCCAGCAUAUCUGCCAAAUAUUUUAGCUCUUCGAGAGGCCCUGCAGAAGGCCAAGGAGUGGACUUCAAAGGUGGAGGCCAUCCAGAGUGGCAGCAGCUAUGCUUAUCUGGAGCACCUGGAGAGUCUGCUGGCCAGGGGGCGCUCCAUUCCUGUCCGGCUUGACCGGCUCACCCAGGUUGAGUCUCAGGUGGCCUCAGCUCGAGCCUGGAGGGAGAGGACUGCUCGCACCUUCCUCAAGAAGAACUCCACAUACACACUGCUCCAGGUGCUCAGUCCUCGUGUGGACAUCGGUGUCUAUGCCAACAGCAAAAGUAAACGGAAGCGAGUCAAGGAACUAAUGGAGAAGGAGAGGGGAGGCUUCGACCCCAACACCCUCAGUGACCUGGAGGAGAGCCUCGAGGAGGUGCGAGAGCCCUCCACCGUUGUUGCAGCCUUCAAAUCCAAAGAGCACAAAGAAGUAGAGGCCAUCCACUCACUCCGUGCUGCCAACUUGGCCAAGAUGGCCAUGGCCGAUCGCAUCGAGGAGGUCAAGUUCUGCUUGUGUCGAAAGACGGCCAGCGGCUUCAUGCUGCAGUGCGAGCUCUGUAAGGACUGGUUUCAUGGAGCAUGUGUGCCUCUGCCUAAGACGGGAUCUCAGAAGAAAGUCGGCGUGGGAUGGCAGAGUAACAGCAAAGACUCUAAAUUCUUGUGUCCGCUGUGUCAGCGGUCGCGACGGCCAAGACUAGAGACCAUUCUGUCGCUGCUGGUGUCGCUGCAGAAGCUGCCGGUGCGUCUGCCAGAGGGAGAGGCUCUCCAGUGUUUGACGGAGAGAGCCAUGAGCUGGCAGGACCGAGCACGUCAGGCUCUGGCCACUGACGAGUUGUCGUCAGCGCUGGCAAAGCUGUCUGUGCUGAGUCAGCGCAUGGUAGAGCAAGCUGCAAGGGAGAAAACUGAGAAAAUCAUCAACGCUGAGCUUCAGAAAGCUGCUGCCAAUCCUGACUUGCAGGGCCACAUCCAAACAUUUCAGCAGUCGGGUUUCAGCAGAGCAGCAUCCCCUCGUCAAUCCGUGGACUACGAUGAUGAGGAGACGGACUCAGAUGAGGAUAUCAGGGAGACUUAUGGUUAUGAUAUGAAGGACCCAGGUGAGGUGAAGCCCUACCUGUUCUGUGAUGAGGAGAUCCCUGUCAAGUCCGAGGAGGUGGUCAGUCACAUGUGGCCGACUGUCACGCCGUCUUUUUGCGCCGAGCACGCUUACUCCUCAGCCUCCAAGUCCUGUGUGCAAAACAUCGUCACGCCCAGAAAGCAGCCCAGGAAAACCCCACUUGUCCCGCGCAGCCUGGAGCCUCCGGUGCUUGAGCUGUCCCAGCAGGCUAAAGCCCAGCUGGAGGAGCUGAUGAUGCUGGGAGACCUGCUGGAGGUGUCGCUGGAUGAGACCCAGCACAUCUGGAGAAUCCUGCAGGCCACGCAUCCCCCCUCUGAGGAGAGAUUCCUACAGGUCAUGGAGCCUGAUGAUUCUCUGAUGGAAAAGCCACUGAAGAUCAAGCUUAAAGAUUCAGAGAAGAAGAGAAAACGGAAGCUGGAAAGAGCCGAGCACCACCACAUGCUGAUGGCGGCAGCGGCAGCCGGCGUGGGUUCAGCAAUGGGAGAAAUGCGACCGGCCAAGUCCAAGGAACUGAAAAGGGUCAGCCUCGAGCUGGGUUUGAGUGGAAAACCCAAGAAAAAGAAACUCAAACUCAACCUAGACAAGAACCGGGAGAUGAAGCAGCUUGCCAAACGGUUAGCCAAGGAGGAGAAGGAGAGGAAGAGGAAGGAGAAGGCAGCUGCUAAGGCAGAGGCCAUCAGAGAGGGACUGGAGAAGAGGAAGGAGAAGAAGAUUCUCGAUAUUCCCUCCAAGUACGACUGGUCUGGAGCGGAGGACUCCAAUGACGAGAACGCUGUGUGUGCAGCCAAAAACUGCCAGAGACCCUGCAAAGAUAAGGUGGACUGGGUGCAGUGCGACGGUGGCUGCGACGAGUGGUUCCACCAGGUUUGCGUGGGCGUGUCGUGCGAAAUGGCCGAGAACGAGGACUAUAUCUGCGUGGACUGCUCCGGCAAGGCCACGGGGGCAGAAGGGGGAGGCGGCGUGAUGACUGUUGAGGACGUGAUAGAGGAGGAAACCGAGGUGGUGCUGUCGACUUCGCUGUCCAGCAGCAAUGUGCAGUGUCUGCCCUCGUCCGUCGCGGUGUCGUGGACUCACACGCCUGCCGCCUCUCACCUGAACCCGACAACCUCACACCAGCAGCAACAGCCGGACUCGCAGCAGGGCAGUUAGCGGGAAAUUUGAAAUGUCUAUACGUCACACUAAAACCUGUCAGCCUGAUCAGACUCUGACAAGAGAGGAAAAACUCCUGUUUGAAUAGUGUGGUACAAUAGGAACAGACAUUUCUGACUGCCUCCAUUACAGCGCACAAGAAAAACGGAUGCAUCUGGAAGACUGAGAAGAAUAUCUCUAUAAUAAUGCGGCAAAGGGUGUGAAACGUUGUUCUCCUGUGACUGUUUUAGGUGUAGAAUCGUCCACCACCUCCUCAAGAAUAACAAGUCACACAAAACACCCCAGUUGUUGUAUUCAGUGCAAACAGGCACUGGACGUCCUGAACCACUCUUCCCUGUCCUCUUUCUCAGUUUGUAGGACUUCAGACUAGGAAAAACAAGUGGUUGUAAUAAUGUAGUGGACUUAUUUAUAAUGUACAUAGCUUGCAAGCAAUUAAGCAAAUGGAUUGUGGCUUUUUUUUUGUUUUCUCACCUUUAAUAAACUAUUCCUAGUCAAAUUAUUGA